AUGAGUGCCGAAAACAAUCAUGAGUCACGUUUCAGACAAGAAGAUCAUAAGGCAGCCUACAUCUUCCGACCUAAGGGCGAAGAAGCUGGUGUGGAUCGACCCGCUAAACGUCGGCGUGUAUCCAAGAAUGCAGUGGUUGAAGAGGCCAAUCUCGCCGGUUCUUCGACGUUUGCACCGUUGCUGAAUGGCAGCGAGCUGGCUGAGUGCGUGAAGUUGCGCGAGAAGCUGUUCCAGGCCAGUUGGGGCCGUCUCGAAUCCAAAGUCCAGCUGAUGGCCCACCGCAGGAACAAGAUCCCCUCAGCCUUCAUCAUCACUGGACCCAACAUCUCGUCUCAGGACUUGUUGUUUGAGCAAUUGUCGGAGACGCUCGAGAAAAAUACGCGAAGCAAGUUUGUACGACUGAAGUCAUCGGAGGCUACGAACCUAAAGGCUGCCCUCAAGAAGAUCAUCGAGGAUGCCACAUCGCGGGGCUCCCUGGACGAUGAGGAUGUUGAGGUCUCUUUCGGUCAAGAUGGACGAAAGUAUCUAAAUUACGACCUCGAAGGCCUGUACGUCUUUUCAAAGGCACAGCAGUGCGAUCACAUCUUUGUCGCCUUCCAAGACAGCGAAGGGUUUGAUAGCGCUCUCCUGUCUGACUUGAUUACACUCUUCGAUUCCUGGAGGCCCAAGAUCCCGUUUACGCUCUUAUUCGGCAUUGCGACGUCAGUAGAGCUGCUUCAAGCACGUCUACUCAAGUCUGCAUGCCAGCAUCUCUACGGCGCGCAAUUCGACGUUGUGCAAACUGGAGUGAUCUUGGAGCAAAUUUUCAAGCCGGCUAUUGCGGGAACAGAUGCUAUCCUCACUCUUGGCCAGACUCUGUUGCAAAGCCUGGUCGACAGACAACAAGACCAGGUGGCAAGUAUCCAAUCCUUUGUUGCUUCAAUCAAGUAUGCAUAUAUGUGCCACUUUUAUGCCAACCCGUUGAGCCUGUUUUCGAUGGAGGACGAUGAGAUGAACAGUGAGCUUGUGCAAGAUGAGCACCUCGAGGCCCUCCGAUCACUCCCUUCAUUCCGGAACGAGGUCGAGAGCGCCGUUGAGGGCAACGAUUUAAGAUUGGCGAGGUCUCUGUUGGAAGACGACGACCUACUGCGCGAAAAGAUUUUUGACAUUCCAGAGAAGAAACGGGAAUGGGUCACUUGUCUCCUUCGCUCGCUUAAGCUUAUCCAGGCGACAGGUGUUAUCCAAGAAGACUUUCCUUGGAUGUACAUGAAAGCGGUGGCCGAGGGCAUCACCCUUUCGUCCGACGGCUGGGACAUUGUUGAAAGCAUCAAGCGGAUGCAACCGGAUGAGUUUGUCUCGAUGCUACAACGUAUUCAUGAGACCAUAGCCAGUGGAGAUGGCCAGCUGUGUCUCGCCGGAUGGGAGUCCGAGGCCGGUGACAUGCCAUCUCUUGUACAGACCCUUCUCGACAACUCAAAGGAGUUAGUAAGCAGGGCGACAGAGGACGGCACCACCUUGAGAAGCGCGUAUAGUGGCCACAGCAGAGUCCUCCGCACCACCGUUGUUGCGCAAAAGGUGCAGCUCAGCCACGAUUCGGCAGCGCUUUCCGAAGACGACAAAGCUUUUACCCAAAUCGUGGACCGCGUUGCGGAGCUUUUGCAAGACGUCAUACACUGCGAGCCGGCCGCAAAUGUCUUCCUGCACGAGACAUGGCUCUACGAUUCCAAGACACCCUACCGCGACGUUUUCGUCCCGCGGCCCCAAGAUGUCUUUGAGCGGAGCCUGAAGCGACCGCAGGAUUACCUCGCAUGCGCUUGCUGCAGCACCGACGAGGGCAUCUCGACUACGCUGCCCGUUACUUCACUGCUAUAUCAUUUAUAUUUAGAGACGGGCAACCUCAUCAACGUCGCGGACCUUUGGUCUGCCUUUUACGCCAUGGUGAGCGGCGGUGAUGCAGAAAGUGAAGAAAACGCCGAUGAGCGAGCGGCGCUGGUGCUCUUUUAUCGGGGAUUGGCCGAACUAAAGGCCCUCGGCUUUGUCAAGAUGAGCAGAAAGAAGACGGACCACAUUGCCAAGCUCAAGUGGCUUUGA